GCUCGACACAACCAUUUCAGGAUCAGCUAAACAGGAAAGUAACGAGGGAAGCCGCCUUUUCAAAUUAAUGGCGAAGUCUUUCUCGAAAAGAUGGCAAAAUGGAGAAAUCAGCAAUUUCCAAUACCUAAUGCAUCUCAAUACCUUAGCAGGACGUGGAUACAGUGAUCUAACACAGUAUCCUGUAUUUCCAUGGGUUCUAGCAGAUUAUGAUAGCGAGAGCCUUGAUUUGUCAGAUCCCAAAACAUUCCGCAAGCUUCACAAACCAAUGGGUUGCCAGACACCUGAAGGAGAAGAAGAAUUUAGAAAACGAUAUGAGAGCUGGGAUGAUCCCGAGGUUCCAAAAUUUCAUUAUGGUUCUCACUAUUCAAGUGCGGGAAUUGUUCUGUUUUACCUUAUUCGCCUCCCGCCAUUCAGUGCUGAAAAUCAGAAGCUGCAGGGCGGUCAGUUUGAUCAUGCUGAUAGACUCUUUAAUAGUAUUAAAGAUACUUGGCUAAGUGCAGCAGGAAAGGGAAAUACUUCAGACGUUAAAGAACUAAUUCCUGAAUUCUUCUACAUGCCUGAGUUUUUGGAAAAUAGAUUCAGCCUUGAUUUGGGUGAAAAACAAUCAGGAGAGAAGGUUGGUGAUGUCUUUUUACCUCCAUGGGCUAGAGGUAGUGUACGUGAGUUCAUCCUCAAACACAGAGAAGCGUUGGAGUCAGAUUAUGUCUCAGAGAAUUUGCAUCAUUGGAUAGAUCUCAUCUUUGGGUACAAACAGAGAGGAAAGGCUGCAGAAGAAGCUGUGAAUGUUUUCUAUCAUUACACAUACGAGGGAAAUGUUGAUAUUGAUGCAGUUACCGACCCUGCAAUGAAAGCUUCCAUACUAGCGCAGAUUAAUCAUUUUGGGCAAACUCCGAAGCAACUAUUCCCGAAAGCUCAUGUCAAAAGAAGGACAGACAGGAAAAUUCCUCUUCACCCUCUGAAACACUCGAUGCAUCUAGUUCCUCACGAAACACGUAAAUGCUCAUCUUCUAUAAGCCAGAUAAUUACUUUCCACGACAAGGUUCUCGUUGCCGGAGCCAACUGUUUCUUGAAACCUAGGGGAUAUACAAAAUACAUAACAUGGGGCUUCCCAGACAGGAGUUUGAGAUUUAUGAGCUAUGAUCAGGACAAACUGCUAUCAACCCAUGAAAAUCUCCAUGAAAGCAACCAGAUCCAGUGUGCUGGUGUUAGUCACGAUGGGCGCAUUGUGGUCACUGGAGCAGAGGAUGGUUUAGUGUGCGUGUGGAGAGUAAGCAAGGAUGGUCCCCGUGGUUCCCGGCGUUUACGAUUAGAGAAAGCCCUAUGUGCCCACACAGCUAAAGUUACAUGUCUACGUGUAAGCCAACCGUACAUGAUGAUUGCAAGCGGGUCAGAUGACUGUACAGUCAUCAUAUGGGAUCUCAGUUCAUUGAGUUUUGUGAGGCAGCUUCCUGACUUCCCAGUUCCCAUUUCAGCAAUCUACAUAAACGACCUUACUGGGGAAAUUGCAACCGCGGCUGGAACUGUCCUUGCGGUUUGGAGCAUCAACGGUGAUUGCCUUGCUGUGGCUAACACCUCACAGUUACCAUCUGAUUCGGUAUUAUCAGUAACAGGCUCAACAUCUUCCGACUGGCUUGAAACAAGCUGGUAUGUAACUGGUCAUCAGAGUGGAGCAGUUAAAGUAUGGCGGAUGAUACAUUGUACUGAUCCGGUGAGUGCCGAGAGCAAAACAAGUAGUAGCAACAGAACAGGAGGUCUGAAUUUGGGUGAUCAAGUGCCAGAGUACAAGUUGAUUCUACACAAGGUGUUGAAAUUCCAUAAGCAACCGGUCACCGCUCUCUAUCUCACGAGCGACCUAAAGCAGUUACUAAGCGGUGAUUCAGCAGGACAGUUGCUUUCAUGGACAUUACCAGAUGAGACAUUAAGAGCUUCAUUGAAACAGGCUUCAUUGAAACAAGCUUCAUUGAAACAGGCUUCAUUGAAACAAGCUUCAUUGAAACAGGCUUCAUAGUUUUAGAAUCUAAAGCAGAGACCAGUCAUUCCCCUUUUGGUUUCUUUGGCUAGAACCGAAAGAGCUGGCCAGAGAACUUAAACCACAUAGGAGAAAGCAAGACCAAAGUCUGAACAAAGGGUUGGCUCUGGUGGUGCGUCACUUAUACAUCACUGGCUUGCAGGUUAGGAGAAAGAGAGCAUAGCGAGCCACUCUCAACUCUGUUUUGCUGGUGAGUUUUCAAGUUUGAGAAGGAGAAGGAGAGAAGGUUUUGUUUGAGAAUUUGUGUAAAUAGAUGGGAAGAUUACAAGCUUUACAGGGGAGUGUGUGUACUGUGUACAGUAUGGUAUUUUUUUGCGGCCGUUUUUUUUUUGUUUCUUUUUGAAAACUCAUUGAAAAUAGCAGAAGCUGGGCAUAUUAGUAUUUACAGCCCCAUCUGUAUCUGUAUCUGUAUCUGUAUUUUCUCAGAUGCAAUCCUUGCAUUGUUUUAAUAUUUUGUAACCUUUUGUAUUCUUCAUAUCUUGCAUCAAUGUCAAUGGAAAGUUUCUUAUUUGGUUCUAA